ACAGUCUGCUCCUCUUAGUGUGACUCUUAAGAAAAUGAGUAAAACCAAAGACCACAUCUGCUGCCUUCACGAAGUACUUCAUAGUUUCCUUCGUUCCUACCAGUCCGGGCCUCCCCAGCACACACCACACACACCCACCAGAGGUGCUGAGAUUGAACCUCGGGCCUUCAAGUCUGGCGGAUAAGUGGUCUACCUCUGAGCAACCCUUAAUUUAACCACAGAUUCUAAUAUUUACCAAGGCCUUUCGCGACGCUAGGCCACGUGGUGUGUGAACCUGUAAACUUUGUCUUCUAAGAUGAUUUGGUAUAUUGUACUUGUUGGGACACUACUUCCCAGGUCUCUGGCCCAUCCAGGAUUUUUUACUUCAAUUGGUCAGAUGACUGAUUUGAUUCAUACUGAGAAAGAUCUAGUGACUUCUCUAAAAGAUUAUAUUAAGGCAGAAGAGAGUAAGUUAGAGCAAAUAAAAAAAUGGGCAGAGAAGUUAGAUCGGCUAACUAGCACAGCAACAAAAGAUCCAGAAGGGUUUGUUGGGCAUCCUGUAAAUGCAUUCAAGUUAAUGAAACGACUGAACACUGAGUGGAGUGAAUUGGAGAAUCUGGUCCUCAAGGAUAUGUCAGAUGGCUUUAUCUCUAACCUAACCAUUCAGAGACAAUACUUCCCUAAUGAUGAAGACCAGGUUGGGGCAGCCAAAGCGUUACUACGACUCCAGGACACCUACAAUCUGGAUACAGAUACUAUCUCGAAGGGUGAUCUUCCAGGAGUAAAACACAAAUCUUUUCUAACAGCUGAGGACUGCUUUGAGUUAGGCAAAGUGGCUUAUACAGAAGCAGAUUAUUACCAUACAGAACUGUGGAUGGAACAAGCACUAAGGCAAUUGGAUGAAGGCGAGGUUUCUACCAUAGAUAAAGUGUCUGUUCUAGAUUAUUUGAGCUAUGCGGUAUACCAACAGGGAGACCUGGAUAAAGCACUUUUGCUCACAAAGAAGCUUCUUGAACUAGAUCCUGAACAUCAAAGAGCUAAUGGUAACUUAAAAUAUUUUGAAUAUAUAAUGGCUAAAGAAAAAGACACCAAUAAAUCUACUUCAGAUGAUCAGUUUGAUCAGAAAACUACACCAAAGAAAAAAGGGAUUGCUGUGGAUUACCUACCAGAAAGACAGAAGUACGAAAUGCUGUGCCGUGGGGAGGGUAUCAAAAUGACUCCACGAAGACAAAAAAGAUUGUUUUGCCGUUACCAUGAUGGAAACAGAAACCCUAAAUUUAUUCUGGCUCCAGCCAAGCAGGAAGAUGAGUGGGAUAAGCCUCGAAUUAUUCGUUUCCAUGAUAUUAUUUCUGAUGCAGAAAUUGAAAUUGUCAAAGAUCUAGCAAAACCAAGGCUGAGGCGAGCCACCAUUUCAAACCCAAUAACAGGAGACUUGGAGACGGUACAUUACAGAAUUAGCAAAAGUGCUUGGCUUUCUGGCUAUGAAAACCCUGUGGUGUCUCGAAUUAACAUGAGAAUACAAGAUCUAACAGGACUAGAUGUGUCCACAGCAGAGGAAUUACAGGUAGCAAAUUAUGGAGUUGGAGGACAAUAUGAACCCCAUUUUGAUUUUGCACGGAAAGAUGAGCCAGAUGCUUUCAGAGAGCUUGGGACAGGCAAUAGAAUUGCUACAUGGCUAUUUUAUAUGAGUGAUGUGUCUGCAGGAGGAGCUACUGUUUUUCCUGAAGUAGGAGCUAGUGUUUGGCCUAAAAAAGGAACUGCUGUUUUCUGGUACAAUCUGUUUGCCAGCGGAGAAGGAGAUUAUAGUACACGGCAUGCAGCCUGUCCGGUGCUAGUUGGAAACAAAUGGGUAUCCAACAAAUGGCUCCAUGAACGUGGACAAGAAUUUCGAAGACCGUGCACCUUGUCAGAAUUGGAAUGACAAACUGGCUUCCACCCUCUCCUGUUGUACUCGAAUGUGUCUGACACAGUUCCUAGUCCUAACGAAACUUCCGAGUUUACAAUUGACUAACACUCCAUGAUUGAUUCAGUCAUGAACCUCAUCCCGUAUUUCAUCUGUGGACAUUUUGUUUAAAAUGACCCCAAAUCACCAUGUGGUGUCACAGGACAUAAGGCAGAGUUAAAAUUGAGGUUUUUUUUUUCCCCAGAAUUGGAGAUUGAACCCAAGGCCUUGUACUUGCUAGGCAAAUACUCUCUACCACUUGAGCCUAUGCCCCCUAGCCCAGGAAUUUUUAAUUAUGUGCUAUUUUUUUAAAGAAAUUUUGACUGGAUAAAAAUACAGUUCAAGUAUUUAAUUUUAGUAUUGCAGCGCAUGUUGGUGGGUGGUAUGCCAGUGUGGACUGAUUAGCAAGCAGGUAGCUACUUCACAGUGUUGCCUAGGGGUUCUGUUCAUCUAGACUUCUCAGUUUCAUUUUCUACAUCUGCAUGAACACUAGUAAUCCCAAUUUCCAUCUGGCUCUUAGAUUAAAUUACUCUAGAUUCCACCCCCCCUUAUAAGUUAGAAAGUAUUAUUUUGCCUUCCUUUGUCAUGGAUGCUCUGUGGUGAAUCAAAUCUGUUGGAAAGUACUUCAAUUAAAAACAUUUAACAGAAAGCCCUGCCUUAACAGCACUAGGCCUUUCUAACCAAAACGCUUGUUAUUUGGUCUGCUUCUCCUAUUUCCUAAUGAAUUAUUUUUGUUCAGAAAUUUUUACCUUUUUCUUAAGUGCCAGUACCUACUCUGCUACAGCAGGUGGUGAGAUUAGCCUUCUAGUGAUUAAAUACUGUGCCUUAGGAGACUGGAAUUUAAAAAACAAGGUCCUUUUCAAUGAUGAGGGAAGUGAUUUUUUAAAAUAAUCAUUUUCUUAAAAGCCAAAAUGUUUACUAAAAAUUCUGAGAUGUGUUAUGACAAUGAUGUAUUUAUGAUCUUAAAUCUUUUUUUUAAAAAAAUGUUUGUUUCUGUGUGGCAUUUUUUAUAUUUAAAUCUAAUGUACCCUAGAGCAAUAACAGGUUAAUUCUAACUUACAUAACUUUAGUACCCAGGGCAUAGGUUUUCCCUCACACUGACAUCAUAAUGUUAUGAGAGGCUCUCUAUGUUAUGUUAGGCUCUCUAAAGUUUCAGCUAUUUAAUCAAAAUGUGUUUUACAAAAACACUACGAGGUAGCAUCCUAUCUGGAGUAAGCAUUUACCUUGCAGAACUCAUCCAGCAUGCGAGGCCCUGAGUUUGUUCUUCGGUACCACUGAAGACCUUCCAAGAGAGCUUCGCUGUGGUUAUGGGGUCACUAUGUACAGAAAGCUUUCUCCAGUUCGAAAACGAGCAACCUGUGAACUGUCCACAUUUUGUAGGAUGCAUUAGUCACACAAGGGUUCUUUUUCCUUUAUGCAUUUAAAAAUAUUUUGGGAAGGUUUUUUCUGUGCUUUUUUACCUGUGCAUAAAAUGAACUAUAAAGUUC